CGGCGGGCUCCGUCUGCAGCCUCAUUAGCUUAUGUCCUUGUUGAUCACAGAUAAGAGGGUAUAUAGACAACCAUUUCUUCUGAGUUCCCAGCGCCGCUUCACCAGAACAGCCAACAGCUCACACUGCACCGAGCGUCCGUACUACCAAUCAUUAAGCCUAUUCAGAGUGGUGCAAGCAGAUUGUAGAAACACCUCCUUCGAUCCCACAUAACAAAAUGUCACAGCUUAGCUACGCACGCUACGGCAAGGACAAUGUCCGCCUGUACAAGGUGAAGCGCAACAGCGAUGGCACGCAAGAAGUUGUCGAGAUGACCGUUCGCAUCCUCCUUGAGGGUGACAUUGAAACUUCGUACACGGAAGCUGAUAACUCCGUUGUCGUCGCAACCGACACCCAGAAACAGACCACGUACAUCCUCGCAAAGCAAAAUCCGAUCCAGCCACCCGAGCUAUUCGCCUCCAUACUCGGAAACCACUUCAUCUCAACCUAUUCACAUAUUCACGCCUGCCAUGUCAAUAUCGUACAACACCGUUGGACCCGCCUGACUAUCGACGGCAAGCCCCACCCUCAUAGCUUCUACCGGGACGGUGAGGAGGUUCGUACUGUCGAGCUUGUGGCACGCGAGGGUGCAGGCAUCAGCAUAAAGAGCGGCAUUGAUAAGUUGUUGGUUCUGAAGAGCACUGGCUCUGCCUUCUACGGCUUCCACAGAGACGAGUACACCGCGCUACCAGAGACGUGGGAUCGCAUCCUCAGCACGGAAGUCAAGGCGAACUGGAAUUGGAAGACAUUUGCAUCGCUCGACGAGGUCAAGUCCAAGGUUAGCGAGUUCGACAUUGCGCACAAGACAUCUCGCGACAUCACCCUAUCCACGUUCGCCAAGGACGAAUCCGCCUCUGUUCAGAACACCAUGUACAAGAUGUGCGACCAAAUUCUGGCCAGCGUCCCACUGGUCGAAAGCGUCGAGUAUUCGCUACCCAACAAGCACUACUUCGAGAUCGACCUGAGCUGGCACAAGGGCCUCAAGAAUACUGGCAAGGACGCUGAGGUGUAUGCUCCUCAGAGUAACCCGAACGGUCUCAUCCAAUGCACCGUAAGCCGCAAAGGCGGCAAAGCCAAGUUGUAGAGCCGGAAGAGAUCUGAAAGACUAGACUUGGUGAUAAAAGGUUGGAUAAUACCCAAGAGCCGGUUUGCUCAAUAUUCUGUCCUCCUUAACGCAAUGUCCAGCGUUCAGUAUGCACAUCGAAGCUUCUUGUUUAUAUCUGUCGGCUUAUAUCUAUUAUUGUAUAUAAAUCUUCCGCACUGCCUGUGCACGAAUGCCCGCAGUCGUGAUUUAUGAUUUCAUCUCGAGGGAAAUUUGCACGACAGCGAAUACUUGCAUUUGCUUAUGAGAAUUUCUUAUUUCAUCUUGAAUAGAGCACAUAGGCCUGGCAAAGCAUAUUAAUCAGCCAUGAUUUCAUCGCCA